CGCUGAAAAAUGGCUGACAACUGCCAUGCCUAACGCAUGUCUGAAAAGCUUGGAAAAAAGGAAGCAAAAUGGAGUUACCUUUGGAUGAGGAGGAUGGCACUUUCACCAACAUUUCUUUGGCAGAUGAUUCAGACCAUCAUUCCGGAAUACGCUCUUCAGCAGUGGAGAGAGCCCAUUCUACAAUGAUGAACGCCGACAUGGAUGCUGUUGAGGCUGAAAAUCAGGUGGAAUUAGAAGAGAAAACACGGCUUAUUAACCAAGUGUUGGAACUGCAGCACACACUUGAAGAUCUCUCAGCACGAGUAGAUGCUGUUAAGGAAGAAAACUUGAAACUGAAAUCAGAAAACCAAGUUCUUGGACAAUAUAUAGAAAAUCUGAUGUCAGCGUCUAGUGUUUUCCAAACAACUGACACAAAAAGCAAAAGGAAGUAAGGGUUGACUCACAGAUGAUGUCAUUGUAUUGCUGCUGUCUUUUUUUGUUUUAAUGGGCACAGGCUACAUGAGCUCAACUACCUUAGUUUGUGGCUUUACUGGAUACCUGAAGAUGAUAAAUUUUGGUGAUAAACAGAAUUAAGGACAUAUUGUGUAUUGUUAAGAUUAAGCAAUUUGCAAAUGUAGCGUAGAGACUUACUAAACUUUUGUAUUUGUUUUUAAAAUGAGCAUACCUUGUUGAAAACUGGAUUUGGUUUGUCAGGUGAAACAAAAGUCUGUUGGUGCUCUUUGAGGUUUUAGGGUAGGAUUCGUGACUAGCAAAAUAAUACGGUUAUAACCAAGUCGGGAAAAAUAUUUGAAUUGCAUCACCUCUUUGACUUAAAAUAUAUUUAGUGUCUAGUACUGUUAAUAGCUCUGCAAAGCACCUUUAAACAAAAACCUAUAAACCAGUUAAAGAAUUUCUGUGAGGUAGUGACAGCAUGACCUUAUUUGUAGGGUUUGCGUACAGAAAAACACUUAAGAUGUUUUGGGAAGGGGGAGGGUAAGGGAAGAGGAACAAGGUUAAGCAGCUUCAUCGGGGAAAUACCAAGCUGAUGCAGUAUCGGAGUGUAAGGUGUACACUUCAAACAGUUUUCACUUUCCUGUUUCCUCAAAGAGUGAUCAGGCACAGCAUCACCAUGUAUAAUCUUCCAGAAGUUUUUCAGUUUUUGAUUAAGAGUUAAAUUAAAAUCUGAGUAAUGAGCUUUACAGAAACAGGUCAUCAGUGUUGCUCACGCUCGUUGUGACCAACCUGCCGUGAGGAACCGAGUACAAGCCUUUCCUUGCCACCUGUUACUUUCUUCUGCAGUGCCAAACUUGUCAUUGCUUCAGGCCUUAGAGCCACUGUUUUCCUGCCCCAGAGCCUCAGCUUGCGAAGUGCUUCGUGAAGGUGGAAGCUAACCGAGGAGCAGCUUCAGUUGUAAUUAAAUAAGGCGGCCUUGGUACUAUUUAGUCUUCCCUGACUAUAGAAAAUUCUCAGUCUGGGAUCUGGCAUCCUCUCGGGAAGACCACUUUUACUAAGCUACGAUGUGGCUGGUGAGAGUGCAGGCUGCAGAGGUCCGAUACUCUUGGAGUUCCAAAGAUGACCGAGUUUUAAUAGCAAGGCAUCCUGGAACUGGAUUAUCAUCAGUUUGUUAAUUUCAAAGCACUUUCAAGCAGCCAUGAUAGCAAGGUCAAGUAUUUUUCCUGAAAUACCUGUUCAGCUAUAAAUGGACUACACGCAGGAACUGCGUGUGAAACCUCAGUGUUAAAAGUGUCAGUGGAAGGGUGUUCCCCUUUUGCCUGGCUUUCCAGAUCUACAGCCUCAGAUCCCCUAAAGCUCUGACAUUUCUCCCCCAAUUACUAGCAUAACACUAGAUCCAAGUAAGCCAGCAUGCAGAAGGAUGUCUUCUAUCUCCAGGUUCCAGAUAGUCAAAGUCAUUAAGUCUGUGUUAGAGUGAGACGGGCCUUAGCGAGUCAAUUACUGCGAAGAGCACCCUUGAGUCAUGGUCUUGUGAGGCCAUCUUACCCAUAACAAAUGGCUCCUUAUUUACUGAAGCGAGGCACAAGCAAAAAUGUUGAUGGGGCAUUAAUUAAGACUUUCUGGGAACCCGAAGUUCAAAACCCUAAGGGAAGACUAGCAUCCCCUGCCAGGGUGACCAAUCCCUGGGGUAACUAUAUCACAGCACAGAAAAAAAGCCACCCCGAAACCACUCCCAAAUACCAGAACAAUUCCAAAGGACUUUUACCAGGCUCAGACAAGAUUCAUUCAAACGGAAUGCCAGACUGUUCCCUGACAGCUCACAGUAGCUGUUACUAGCGGGAUACGGCAUUGCUCGCAACUUCCAUUGCUGAGAAGGCACAGGCAGGCAGAGUGCUCACUUCUUAACCUUUUGCAUGUAGACCCUAAAUAAAGAGGGGGGAACCUGCAUUUAGCUGUCAAAACCCCAAGCAAAAGGCCAGAGGCCUUUCCGUGUAGUUUGCACAAAAUGGAGCCCCAAAUAAUUAGUUUUUGAACACUUCAACACGAGCACUUGAAGACGCUGGCUUCCUCGUUAGGGUUAAUUAAGCAUUCGUUUGUUAAGAGACUUCCAUGGAACCUUUGCUGACUCUACUUGUUGUGAGAAUAUUUCGGUGAACUAACUUCUUGUCAGGCAUGAGGAAAUCUGUUAGGUUCCUUAGGAAUUAAUGUAUUUCUACUUGGGUUUAAGGUAGAAGUGCUUUUGCUAGCCUUUUACGUUCUACUAACAGUAUUGGCAGCUGCCAAGCAGCAAGAGGUAUCUGGUGACUGCAGUUUUAUUGUUUGUUUUAACAUACAGCUGAACUUUAACAAAACAACGUUUCUUUCACAAUAGGCAGUUUAUUCAAACUGUAUUAUGAGAAUGCCCAGUUACUCACAUCUGUAAAAAACUUUUAUCAAUCAAAAAUUCUUAUCUAUAUUAAUAAAUUUCAUGUUAAGCAAGAAUUACUAAAUAUUUUUAGGAGGCAAUGUACACUUAGCAAGUGUUCUAUAAACCAAGGUUAUCCCACUCUGGCUUGGAACACAAGAACUAUAAAAGUUUGGAAAAGUUGCCUGUGGAUCACUUCUGCAGAUUUGGUAUCUGCAUCCGAAAGUGAAACAAGUCAUGUCAAUUAUCACUUGCUCUAGGAAUGUUCUAUUUUAAAAUAUCUCCUAAAAAUAAAUUACUGUUACCAAUGUCUAAAGUGAACAGGUGACCACCAAUCUAACAAGAUCAACUAAGAUAAAUAAUUUACAAUAAAAUUGUAAAUCAUCAUACAAAAACAGUUAUUGCAUUUAGCUCUGCACAGAAAAAGAGUACCUUUUCUCAUAGCAGCGUGAACUGCUGUAGCUGCGACCUAUCUCUACUAUCAUCCACUUGUAGCUGAAAAGUGUAAACAGCUAAUUUUGUGCUAGAGCUGCAAAAAUAUGAUAAAUUAUUAAUUUUAAAAAAUACUUGGAAUAAGUUUAUCCCCAACUAGUAUUAAUUUCUAGGAAUCUUCACACUGUAAGAAUCUUCACCUUAAAAUCAGUUGGCCAGCUUGUAAUUUCACUUCUAUUCUGAAUUCAAAACAUCACUGUACUCCUCACAGAUAGUAUUUCUCCUUAAAAAAAAAAAAGAAUCAAGGAAGUUAUGGAAGGUUAAAAGAGGUUACAUAGCAGUGAGUCCCCUUUUUUCCUUCAAAUCGCAGGAACUUGCAUGCUGUGAGGCCUGCUGAAGUGGCAUACCAAAAGUUACUGUUAGUUAGACCUACAAAUACUAGCUGGAAGUAACUCAGUGCUUUUGUACUCUCCUUUUGCGCACCGAUUUCAGCGGACCAUCUACAGAACCUGUGCUUUCAUCAGCUUCUUUCAUCUGAAAAAAAUAAAAAAAUCCAGCAUUAAAAUUGUAAA